UAUAUUUCUCUGACAAAUUCAUUAAUUUUAAUUUGUUAAUUCCUAAAAUCAAAUCACUUUUCUCCCAUAAAUCCCACAAAAUUUUCUCUUAUUCUCACUCUACGUGCUUUCCCAGAUUCUUCCUCUCCAAGCGCUAUGACCAGAACAACCAAAGCCUCCAUCUUCUUCGUCUUCCUUCUUCUGGUUCUUCUUCCGGCGCUGGUUGUUUCAGAGUGUGCAUGUGACAAUGAAGACGAAGAUCGCGACAGAGACAAGGCUAUGAGGUACAAAAUAGCAGCCAUAGCUUCCAUACUGGUUGCGAGUGCUAUCGGAGUUUUGAUUCCGGUCAUCGGAAAGUUUGUUCCGGCUUUAAGUCCCGAUAAGGACAUCUUCUUCGUGAUCAAGGCCUUCGCCGCCGGCGUGAUAUUAGCCACUGGAUUCAUUCACGUCCUUCCAGAUGCCUUCGAGAAGUUGACAUCUCCUUGCUUGAGCGAUCACCCAUGGGGAGAUUUUCCGUUCACUGGUUUUGUAGCUAUGUGUACGGCCAUGGGAACUCUAAUGGUGGACGCUUUCGCGACUGUGUAUUUCAAGAAACAUCAUAUGAAGAAUGGGCAGAUUGAGGCCAAUAAUAACGGAGACGAAGAGAAAAAUUCAGGACAUGAAGGACAUGUUCAUCUUCAUACUCAUGCAACACAUGGUCAUGCUCAUGGAUCAUCUGAUUCUGGCUCAACUCAACUCCUUCGUCACAGAGUCAUAUCACAGGUAUUGGAGCUGGGGAUAAUAGUGCAUUCUGUGAUAAUUGGGAUUUCUUUGGGAGCAUCGGAGAGUCCAAAAACUAUAAGACCUUUGGUCGCUGCCUUGACUUUUCAUCAAUUUUUUGAGGGUAUGGGGCUUGGAAGCUGUAUCACUCAGGCCAAAUUCAAGAACAAAACUAUUACAAUUAUGGCAUUGUUCUUUGCUCUGACAACUCCAGUGGGAAUAGCAAUUGGAAUAGCAAUUACAAAUGUGUAUGAUGAGAAUAGUCAAACUGCUUUGAUCGUUGAAGGAAUUUUCAAUGCAGCAUCAGCAGGAAUAUUAAUAUAUAUGGCUCUUGUUGAUCUUCUUGCUGCUGAUUUUAUGACUGACAGAAUGCAAAACAGUACUCGUCUUCAACUUGGAUCAAAUAUAUCUCUACUUUUAGGUGCUGGUUUAAUGUCUUUUAUAGCUAAAUGGGCUUGACGCUUUACUAAUUAUUUGUAAUCUUUGGUUACGUGGUACCAAACAAAAGAGGCUAUUUUCUUUUUUCUUUUUUGUUUUUUUUUAAGAACUGGUGUGAGUCAGUGAAAUGUUCUUUUUCCAUAUAUAGACAGCUAAAUAUGGAGGUAACUUUUUGAUCUGUAACAUAUUUGGAUGGAAGGAGAAAAUAAUAAAAGAAAAAAAAGUAAAUGAAAUUUUGAUUAAAUCA